ACAUAUUCCCCUUUCACUACCAAAACCCAUCUCAUAACUACUCACACAAAGAGAGAGAGAUCUAGAGAGAGGGGGGAGAGAGUUCUAGAAAGAGAGAGAGAGAGAGAGAGAGAGCACAUUUGCAUGGAGGUUGCUUCUAUUUUAAUUUACAUAUGCCUCUUUCUCUCUAGUCUACUCUCUUAUUUCUUCUUCAUCAAGAAGAAAACAAGGAUAUCCAAACCAAAAGCUAAGCUUCCUCCAGGUUCAAUGGGAUGGCCUUAUGUAGGUGAAACUUUACAACUCUACUCUCAAGACCCAAAUGUCUUCUUUACCACAAAGCAAUUAAGAUAUGGAGAAAUAUUCAAAACCCACAUACUUGGGUGUCCUUGUGUCAUGCUGUGUAGUCCUGAGGCUGCAAGGUUUGUGCUGGUGACUCAUGCUCACUUGUUCAAGCCUACAUACCCCAAAAGCAAAGAAAGACUAAUUGGACCUUCAGCUCUCUUUUUUCACCAAGGAGAGUAUCAUAAUCACCUGAGGAAGCUAGUUCAAGGUUCAUUAUCUCCAGACACGAUCAGGAAACUAAUUCCAGAUAUUGAAUCAAUGGCCAUUUCAGCCUUGGAAUCAUGGGCUGAUGGGCAUGUCAUCAACACUUUCCAUGAGAUGAAGAAGCUUUCUUUCCAAGUAGGUAUUCUCUCUAUCUUUGGUCUCUUGGACAGCAACUACAGAGAGAAGCUAAAUGAGAAUUACCACAUAAUGGAUAAGGGUUACAAUUCUUUUCCAUCAAACAUUCCUGGAACUCCCUAUCAAAAAGCUCUCUUGGCAAGGAAAAGACUUGAUCAAAUCCUUGGUGAGAUCAUCUGUGAAAGAAAGGAGAAAAGACUGCUAGAGAAGGAUCUCUUGGGUCGUUUUCUCAAUUUCAAAGAUGAAAAUGGGCAAAUUUUAACUGAAGAUCAGAUAGCUGAUAACAUUAUAGGAGUACUUUUUGCAGCUCAAGAUACUACUGCUAGUGCUUUAACAUGGAUUCUGAAAUACCUUCAUGAUGACCAGAAACUCCUUGAAGCUGUAAAGGCUGAGCAAAUGGCAAUAUGUGAAGCAAAUAAUGGAGGAAAGAAGUCCCUAAGAUGGACACAGACAAGGAAUAUGCCACUUACAUAUAGGGUUAUACUAGAGAGUCUAAGAAUGGCAAGUAUCAUAUCUUUCGCCUUCAGGGAAUCAAUAAUUGAUGUUGAAUAUAAGGGAUAUUUAAUACCAAAAGGGUGGAAGGUGAUGCCAGUAUUCAGGAACAUUCAUCACAAUCCAGAAAAUUUUCCUGAUCCUCACAUUUUUGACCCAUCAAGAUUUGAGGUUUCUCCAAAACCCAAUACUUUCAUUCCGUUUGGCAACGGAGUCCAUGCUUGUCCCGGCAAUGAGCUUGCCAAGCUGGAAAUGCUCAUCUUGAUACACCAUCUGGUAACCAUAUUCAGGUGGGAAGUGUUGGGAACAGUAGAUGGAAUUCAUUAUGGUCCAUUUCCAAUUCCCCAACAAGGGCUGCCAGCCAGAUUUUGGCAAGAAUCAACUAGCCUCAACCAAGAUUGCAGCCCUUAAUGAUUAUGAUUUCUUAUUCAUAAUUUUCAAUUUUUACCCUUUCCCCACCCCCAAUUCCAACCCCAUUGCUUUUUUUUUUUUUUUUUUCAUGGGGUCCCCAUCUCUAAUGCUUACCUGUUGUUACUUUUAUGACUUAUAAUUGUAAUUGUAAUCUUGAUCCUUUUGAGGAUCUAUAUGUAAUGAACGUAUACUACUAGUUUUUGCCUUGUGAGAAAUUGUUCUUUAA